AUGAGUCCUGGAGUAGGCACUGUGUCAGUGCUAUUGGGCGCUCAAUGGGGUGACGAAGGCAAAGGGAAGGUGAUCGACUACCUCAUCGAAAAUAAUGACGUACAAGUGACAGCUCGCUGUCAGGGAGGCAACAACGCCGGGCACACUGUCGUCGCAAAUGGGAAGAAAUACGAUUUCCAUAUCCUACCGAGUGGUAUUAUUAGUCCAAAAUGCUUUAACAUAAUAGGAAAUGGUGUUGUUGUGAACUUGGAUGCAUUCUUUUCCGAGCUGGAUCAUAACGGUGUGACAGAUGAGCCCGGCUGGGAGAAGAGAAUCAUGAUAUCAGCUGAAGCUCAUCUUGUGUUCGGAGUCCACGCACAAGUUGAUGGUCGUCAUGAGGCGAGCCUUUCUACGACUAAGUAA